AUGGUUCGAAUUACAGAGGAUUUACUUCGAAAAAGAGCCGAACACAACAACUGCGAGAUCUUUUCACUGGAAGAAAUUUCACUACAUCAACAGGAAAUUGAGAGGAUUGAGCUCCUUGAUAAACUGUGCAGAGAUCUGAAAAUUCUCUACUUACAGAGUAAUUUGAUACCAAGAAUAGAGAAUGUUUGUAGACUGAAGAAGCUAGAAUACCUUAAUUUGGCACUGAAUAAUGUUACAAGGGUUGAAAACCUUGAAGGGUGUGAGUCUUUGCAAAAGUUGGAUCUCACCGUCAAUUUUGUAGGAGAGUUGACUAGUAUUGAAUCACUUAGAGGAAAUUACCAUUUCAGAGAACUAUAUUUGACAGGAAAUCCUUGCACAGAGUAUGAAGGUUACAGAGAGUAUGUCAUUGCAACUUUAGAUAAUUUAAAAUGGCUUGAUGGAAAAGAGAUCGAAAAAUCUGAAAGGAUAUUAGCCAAACAGGAACGAGAGAAACAAGAUGCAGCUAAAACAAAAGUAGCUGAAGAAGAAUUACAGUUAGGCUGUGAAAAUCAAAAUGAAAGUGUCAGGUUCUGGUGUACAUUUCUCAAAGUUCCCGCUAACUUAGUGGGCCUGAAGCCAUAUUUUAAAAGCAAAAAACAGUUUCUUUCUCUUAUGCCAGACACGGUCAAUGACCUAAACCCCACACAAGAUAACCAGCUCAGAUAA